UGAAAUUUAUUCUGGCCAAAUUUUACAAGAUCUGUCCUAUUGCCGCUACGUCUUGAACUAACCAAACAAUCGACAAUUCGUUCCACCUACUUAUAGUAUUUAAUAUCCCUUUUACACUAACGUUUCAACAACACAACUACACCAUGACAGGAAUGCCUAUCAAGAUGUCCUACUCGUUCAAGGACGUGGCCAUUCCGGACGACUUUCUCAAAACGGACCCGCCUGAUGCGGAGCCCAUCACCUUCAAGCAAAUCGACUUCCGCAACUCCGUGCUCAAGGAGUUCGCCGGCUGUUACGCCGUGGUGCUGGACCACGUGCUCAGCCCCUCCGAGUGCGCCCAGCUCCUCGAGCUCGCCGAGGCCAGCGUGUCAGACGGUAACCGCAACAAGGUGACGGGGUCCCCGUGGGCGCGCGCCCUCGUCAACGCGGGCGGCGGCUACGAGGUCGAGGUGCCUGACUACCGCAACAGCGACCGCAUCAUCUGGGACCAGCAGGAGAUCAUGAAGCGCCUGUGGGCGCGGCUCGUGCAGGUGCCGCAGAUUUCGGAGACGCUGCUCCAGGCACCGGGCGGCUGGGAGUUCAACCGCGUGAAUGAGCGCAUGCGCUUCCUCAAGUACGGGCCCGGCGAGUUCUUCAGGCCCCACUGCGACUCGGCGUACUCGGAGGUCAGCGACGACGGGCACGCUUACAUGAGCCACUACACGCUCCACCUGUACCUGAACGACUCCAAGCAGGAGGUCGGCGACGAGGCGCAGCUGGUCGGGGGCGCGACGUCCUUCUUGUCGUCAAAUCAGCAGCGCAAGAUGGAUGUCGAUCCGAAAGCGGGAAGGGUGCUCAUCUUUCAGCACAGGAGGCUGUAUCAUUCGGGGGAUGAUGUGAGGGAGGGGAUCAAGUACACGAUGAGGACGGAUAUCAUGUAUAGGCAGCCGGGCGCGCAGUUCUUUUCUUAGAGGUUAGCUGUGAUUGUUUGUGGGUACGCAGUAUCGACGCUUGAUAUAUACUCUAAGGUCCCUGUCUUCUAAAUAUGUAGCUAGGUAGAUU